AUGGCUGCGGAUACUGUCAAGCGAUUGGAUGGAACGGAUUCUAACUCUUUAAUUGAAAUUUUUAGGAGGAGGCAGUCUACCGAGACUGAUUUUUUCUUUGAUUUUGAACUUGAUUUGGAUGCAAGGUUGUGCAGUUUUUUUUGGAGGGAUGGUCAAAUGAGACGAGAUUACGAGGUGUUUGGGGACUUGUUAGUGCAUGAUACGACAUAUCGCACAAACAAAUACGAUAUGAUUUGUGGCCCUUUCGUAGGGAUGAAUCACCAUUGCAUGAAUGUAAUGUUUGGAUGCGGGUUUUUGAUGAACGAGAGGAUAGAAUCGUUUGUGUGGUUGUUUAAAGCGUUUUCAAGAUCGAUGGGUGGCAAGUCUCCACAGACUAUUAUGACAGAUCAAUGUGCAGCUAUGACUGCUGCUAUAUCUAAAGUGUUUCCAACAUCACGUCAUCGUCUUUGCAUAUGGCAUAUUGAGACCGAAGCUGAAUUUCAAUUCUAUUGGACAAGCAGUAAAAAUUCUGAGUAUGUGUUAGAUGUGGUGAUGCUGCUUGUUAAUAUUCUGCUUCAUAAACAUUUGGGAUUUUGUCUUACCAUUUUCAUGUUGGUGACUGACUAUAAAUGUCACAAGAAUACUUGGUUAGAAAAGCUAUAUGACUGUAGGGAGAAGUGGUGUCCAGCAUUUAACAAGGACUAUUUUUCUGGGGGCAUUCUAUCAUCACAAAGGAGUGAAACUACAAAUCAUUCGAUUUCUAGAAGGUUGUCCAAGACAGGGGGUCUUUGUGAUUUCUAUUCAUCGUUUGUAAGCGUAAUUUCUGAAUGGAGAAGUAAAGAGAACGGUGAAAACUUUCGGUGUGCUCAAGGGGUACCCGCUAUGAUGAUGGAGCAUGUGAAACUUCUUUCACAUGCUAGAGAGGUAUACACGAUUGAGAUAUAUUUUCUGUUUGAAGAACAAUUCAUGAAAGGCAGUGCCUGUCAUCAAGAGAUGGUGGUGAAUGAUGGCCAUCAACAGAAAUAUCACGUGUGGCGGCCAGAUAUAGAUAUUAUAAGUAUCCCCGACAAAUAUAUCCUUAAAAGAUGGACUAAAAAGGUUAUUGAUGGUAGGAAUGUCAACAUUGAUUCUAUGGUUUAUAAUGUUGGUGUCCCUCCAUCAAUUUGGGUGUUCGAUAUUAGUAGGAAAUUUCAAAGAUUAGUUGUGUCUAGUCAAGAUAGUAGCGUAGCUAGGAAAUUGUGUGACGAAGCUGUUGAUGAUGUAAAGAAAAAGGUUGAAGCCGAGGUUGGGCAUGUGCAUAUUAAAGAGUGUGGUGUUUCAUCUUCAAGUGGUGGUGUUCAAAAUCCUUCAAGCCGGAGAUUGAAAGGUGAGCGUAACAAAAGGAGGAGUGGUGUUAUUGAAAAGAAGUAUAGUCUUGCAAGGGGGAGAAGGAGUGCUGCAAAUAAAGCUGCAUUGAGUACAAAGGGUGCUGUUCAGUCUUUGGUGUUGGAAAACAUAUCCAAGCUUGCUGGGGAUGGAUACCUUGUACAUCCAAGUUCUUCGAGUUCAGAUUUUGUUCAGUUUAGUAAGGGUUUAGAUGACAAUGUAGGUGUAGAUUGA